AGAUCACACCAGUUUAGGGAAUGAAGAAAAAAAGAUAUUUCAGCAAGAAAUAAAAUUAAAUCAAUGGAUUAUGUGAAUGUGGCAGUGCUCAAAGGUAUCUACACAUCACAUUCCAAGACAGAAUGACGAGUGAACUAGAGGACAAGAAGGAGCAGAUGAUACCAUGAAGAGAAGUUCACAGGCCCUCUGUUGCCAUCUGUUUAGUGUUCUACUUUUCCUGGCACUGGCAGAGGAGCAGAUAUUUGUCACAGAGCCAUCCACUACUUUACAAACCUAUCACUUCUUGAGAGAAACUACCACAAAAGCUGCAAUGGUGAUGCCAAGCCAUAGUAUUGGUCUCAUUCGGAACUCUGCAAAGUUUGAAACUCCUCUCUCUGUCAAAUCUACAGAGAAAACAAUUUUUGAGACUUCAUUUCACAGGGGGGGUGUUAAUCUCAGUGAACGGCUGUCAACACCACAUUUUAAUAAUCAGGGUGUUUCACGUUUAGGAAACAUAAAUAGCAAGAGAAAAAUAUUUCAGAAUGUCACAAGUGGCUUCACAGAGUCCACAGACCAUUACCUCAAAACAGAACCCCAGAGCUUUCCUGUGAGAACUGCAACAAAUAGUGACUAUGGUAGCACUAUGCUCACAUUUCUUAAAGACUCUUUUCUCCGAAGUGGCACAUUGCAGGGCUUUAACCAGGAGGAGAAAAGAGAUGGUUCAACAACCCCUGCCAGUGUGAUGUCAAGCAACUCUGAUGUGUCAGUGCCUUCUAAACCCAAUUUUUCUAAACUAUGGGAUGUGUUAAGUCGUAAUGGCUCUUUGGUCUCAAUUAGACAAGGGAGGAAUGGGACUUCCUCUGCAAUUUCCAGAGUGUCAUCAAUCCUCCCACAUGGGCAGACUUUUAAUAAACUUCAGAGGCCCACACUUAUACCAGGGAACUUUAAUGAUAUGAUUAUGGAACCACACACUGAUACAAACAAUGCAACCAUACUGGACAUGAUCCCAUCAACAGAUGCAACCAUCAAUGGUUCCAUGACUUUGUCUACUGCUGGAUCCACUGCAACUGGAAAUUUUCUUAACAGGCUGGUACCUGCUGGAACCUGGAAACCUGGGAUGCCUGGUAAUAUUUCUCAUGUAACAGAAGAUGGUACACAACCCCAACACAGGGAGACCAUUUGUCUAAGCAAAGUGGAUAUUGCUUGGAUCUUUCUGGCUAUCAGUGUGCCAAUAUCCUCAUGUUCCGUCUUAUUGACCGUGUGCUGCAUGACGAAGAAGAAGACAUCAAAUCCAGAGAAUAAUCUGAGCUACUGGAAUAAUGCAAUAACUAUGGACUACUUCAAUAAACAUGCUGUGGAAUUACUAGAGAGUCAGUCCCUGGAAACAUCUGAGGACCAUCUCUCUGAACCGCGCUCCCCAGCUAACGGUGAUUACAGAAACAGCGGAAUGGUCCUUGUAAAUCCCUUUUGUCAGGAAACACUUUUUGCUGGACAUGAACAAGUUUCCGAAAUCUGAUUGUCAUCUGGGCCAUUUUUAAGGAGUACUGCAUUUAGAAGGUGCAAGAACUGAUUUUUGACCAAGCUACAAAUAUUAGUAGCUCAUCUUAGAAGACAGAAAAACAGUUGAUCAAUAGGUCUCCAAUUAGUGAUUUAGAUGAUUAAAAAUCUGUUUAUAAUUUCAGGUUUAGAGGUGUGUAGUUAAGUAGUUUCUUGAACCAACCUUUGGUUCCUCCUCUUUUGGGCACUAAAUUCUCAAAAACCAUGGCAGAAACGCUGGGGCUGAAAACAUCAGGAUAAAGAUUUGGAUAAAGAACAAAAGAGCUGCAAAUAUCUGGUUUAGUUUAGUUUAGUUUUAGCCUAUUCCUCCCCAUCAGCAAAUAUAUCCUAGUUGCAGCUCUGGGUACAUAUAUCUUAUAAAUAUGCUUUGUGUAACCCCCUCCUCUUAUUAAUUCAAAUGUUUUGAGCUUGUUUUUCCUAAGAAUUGUCAUCUUUUUACAAUUGUGGUAAAACUUUACAGGAUAAACUGUGGCUUUAUAAAUAAAGUUAUUUAUAUGUAA